CUCGCAAGAUCUCGCGGUCUUCCGGUACAAUAAUUUCUUAUCUAAUCUUCAAUAUUUUAUCGAAUCACAGUCAAAUUAUGGAGUUUCACCCCCUCAGGGUAUCGGAUAUUAGACAAGCUAUUCGUAGCCAUACGCAGCGUUGAAUCUGAUUUGGGCAAAUGGAGCAAAGAUGUAAAGGAACAUCAAGAGUGCCCUCUAGUUGAGGGUUGGUUUGAUAAAAUGAUGAACAAACCAAAAUAUCAUCCAUCUCAACUGCAUCAUUAUUAGCGUUAUACCGGAGAAUCUGAAUGUCAUAACUGAAGUUAAAAGAGAAGCCGAGUAUUUCCGAUAACAUCUAGAAAUCAAAGAUUACUUGAUAAAAGUACACAACAAACAGUUUAACAGUUCAUUGUUACACUCUCGACAAUUGUUUAUUUGCACAUUUUUGAUAACUCAUGUCUCAACAGUAAAUAUUUAAACAGAGACUGACUUUUUUUAUUGAAUUGAAUAUAAGCUUAAUGACUUGAAACAUAUGCACACACGUUAUUACACAAAAGCGACAUUAUUAUUUAUUACCCGAUACUGUACUUUAUAAUCCAUGAAUCUGAUUACUAAACAGGCAGCAUUUAUGUAAUACUUUACACAGUACUAUAUAUGGUUUUACAAUGAGUUUAAACAUGACAAAAAACGAAGCUAUGGAUAAUGUCUCAACGGUGUUGGUGGACAGCAAAGGGAGGAACAUUACUAGACCAGCCCUGUCGGAAGAUGCUGACAUUAUAAAUAACCUCUACCCUGCCAUUGUGCAGUGCUUUACCAUUAUACUGCUAGGGUACAUUGCAGGAAGAGCCAGUAUUAUAAGCAAGAACCAAUCUAAAGGACUUGGCUCAUAUGUGUCAACAUUUGCGCUCCCAGCUCUUCUCUUCAAAUCGAUGAUGGAAAUCAAUUUUGACAAAGUGAACUGGAUGUUUUUAGCAAGUAUAUUUAUAUCAAAGGCUAUUGUAUUCGCAAUUGUGGUGAUCAUAUCCCUGUUAGUUGUAAGAGAUUUUGGAAAAACUGGAAUCUAUGCUAUAUUUACAACACAGAGUAACGAUUUUGCCAUUGGAUACUUAAUAGUGCAAGCUUUAUUCAAUAAAACCCACCCAGAGUAUGUAACGUAUAUCUACCUGAUAGGCCCCAUAUCCCUGUGCAUCCUUAACCCCAUAGGAUUCAUGAUGAUGGAGUUUCAGAACUGGAAGACGUCCGCUCCUAAUGAGCGUGGGAACAAUCUAUCUGCAGUUGGGAAGGUUCUGAAAGGUGUUAUCCUAAAUCCCAUCGUAUUUAUGACCAUCAUAGGCAUUAUGGGGAAUUUCCUCUUCAAACGUAAUGUUCCAAUUGUUAUAACAGAUAUACUAAAAAUUUUAGGUGAUUCAUUCAGUGCUACAGCUUUGUUUUACCUGGGUAUUAGCCUGGUUGGCAAGGUAACAGGUCAACUGGGUAGAGGCCUGAUAACUCCAGCCCUUCUUAUCAUAGCUAAAACGCUAUUAUUACCAUUCAUUAUACGAGAGGUAGUAGUUGCCAUGGAUGCAGGUGGAGAGAGGAAUGCAACUUUGGCAUUUGGGAUGUAUGGUUUUCUGUAUGGGACAUUUCCCACAGCCCCAACUGUGUUUGUGUACAGUACACAAUACGCUAUUGCAGUAGACACUAUGGCAACUGGUGUAGUUGUGUGUACAUUUCUCUCAGCACCGCUCAUGUUCGUCUCUGCCAAAAUGAUUAUGCUGCCAGUGGUCCAGAAAGAUGAUUACGGACAGCUGAUCAACGAGACUUGCUUUGAUAUAAGCAUUGUGGGCAUUCUUUGCAGUUUGUGGGUGAUCGGAGUAAUAUGCUUCAGUGGUCGCUGGCGACGUGUUCCAUACUCAUUCACUCUAUGUCUUGUCAUAGCCCAGACUUUUUCAUGUCUUGGUAUGAUCCUUUGGCAUUUUCUGAAUUUAAGUAGCAGCUGGCAGCACUAUGUACAGUUUAUCAUAUUUCUCAUUGGUGUCCUUGGGACGCGCAGCUGGAUGGCUAUGUUAGCUAUUGCACUAUGCGUGUUGCGCUGUAGAAGUCUUUGCUACUUGUUUAGGAUCAAAUCCUGGCUUCUGCUGAUCGGAUGGGGUGCCCCUGUUAUGAGCACAGGUCUUGUUAUAAUGCUGAGUACAUGGGAAGGAACCCAAGACCCCUCCUUUCAGUAUGGCAAAGCCCAGCUUAUUGUCUCUGUGGCAUUCUUGUCAAUCUGUCUUCUCACGACCAUAGUGUGUCUUGUCUACCAGAUGCGUAAUGAGCGUAAACUCACACAGCAUGAUCACAUACAGAGGGAGGAUGUCCAGAACGAGGAAGAGCAAAGUCUCCUUAAAGGGCAGAGAGGAGCAAAUAAUGGCCCAGGACAAAAUGGACUGAAAUCUCCAUGUGCAAAUCAGUCAUGCUCCGGAGAUGCUGCUGCAAUUGAAGAAAUAGUUCCAUUCAGAAAAUGCCUGAUCAGCGCUGAUAGUCAAGACUCUGACUCAAAUGAGCAAAGCAACAUUCUUGAUAAGACGUGUAGCAUCAAUGCAGGGUGCUCAACAGAGCAGAGGCGGGAAUGUGGUCGUGCCAUACAGUCGUAUGAAAGUGUCCCUGUUAACCUUGAAGGUGAUGAAUUGGUGCUUGAAGAAAUGGAGGAAUAUCAAUUAAUGAGACAUGUGGUGUUUCUCUUGGUGCUCAUGUUUUCUACGUCAUUAGGUUUGUUUCUUUGUUCGAUGAGACUUUUUACUUUUGGAAGUAGCAACGCUCUGGCUUCGGGUGUCUAUGUGGAAUUAGAGUUCAUAGAUGGGGUCUUUAACUUUGGCCAAGGGUUCUUCGCAUUUGCAAUAUUUGGACUUGACACAAGGCUUGUCAUCAACCCAUUCAUUAGAAGAUGGCGUCGUAUAAUGUAUGGGGAAGACCAUGUUGAGCCCAAUGAUGCGAGAACUCUCAGUGAAGAAACCCGCCAUAUUUGUGAACAGUUUAAAACAUACCAUAUCAUAAAGUGCAAGGAAGCAAUUGUAUCAGACAGGAGGUACCGCUUGAGAGUCUACCGUUAUGUGUUCACUGGGUCUAGUCUUGUUGAUUGGCUCAUACGUGUAGGUCUUUGUGAUGAGAGAACUGACGCUGUCCAAUAUGGCAGAAAACUCCUGGAUGGUGGAGUAAUACACCAUUUCAAGGAUGAGCACCACUUUUAUGACUUGCCAUAUUUCUAUAGGUUUAAGGAUAAUGAGAGUGAAGGUCAUCAUGAUGCAUCUGAUGAAGAUAUGCAGGAUAUUACCAGGAUUGUUGGAGUUGAUGUGGAGACAGAGAGUAGCAGGGUUAGUAGCAGCAUGGGAGGAUAUACUACUUGUAGUAGUACUGAGUUGGCAUCAAGGGACCAUUGUAAGCCCUCAUCAUCCUGCUAG